AUGCCUUCUGCACCUUCCGUCAAGCUUAACAAUGGCAAGGAGAUGCCUCUUGUAGGCUUCGGCCUCUGGAAGGUUGACAACGCCACUUGCGCCGAUACCGUCUACAACGCCAUCAAGACUGGCUACAGGCUGUUCGAUGGCGCCUGCGAUUAUGGCAACGAGCAAGAGGUUGGCCAGGGUAUCAAGAAGGCCAUUGACGAAAAGCUUGUGAAGCGUGAGGAGCUGUUCAUCGUCUCUAAGCUUUGGAACUCUUUCCACGACCGCGAGCGUGUGAAGCCUAUCUGCAAGAAGCAACUGCAAGAUUACGGCAUCGACUACUUCGACCUCUACGUCAUCCACUUCCCAAUCGCGCUCAAGUACGUCGACCCCUCAGUCAAAUACCCACCAAGCUGGACCAGCGAGGCCGACAAGGUCGAGGUCAGCAAGACUCCCCUGUCUGAGACCUACGCCGCUAUGGAAGAGCUGUACAACGAGGGUCUGAUCAAGGCCAUCGGCAUCUCCAACUACAACGGUGCUCUCCUCCUCGACCUCCAGCGCUACGCAAAGACCAUGCCCCAGUGCCUCCAGAUCGAGCACCACCCAUACCUCGUCCAGAAGGACCUCCUUGCCAUUGCUGAGGAGCUCAAGCUUACCGUCACCGCUUACUCCUCUUUCGGCCCAGCAUCAUUCGUCGAGUUGGACAUGACUUCUGCCAAGGACACACCUCUUCUGUUCGACCAGCAAGAUGUUCAGGCUAUCGCCAAGAAGCACAACAAGAGCGCCGGCCAGGUUCUCCUCCGAUGGGCGACCCAGCGUGGCGUAGCUGUCAUUCCGAAGUCCAACAACCCGGACCGUCUUGCGCAGAACUUGGAUGUCUGCAGCUUCGAUCUGGAGAAGAGUGAGAUCGAGAAGAUUAGCAGUUUGGACAAGGGUUUGCGAUUCAACAACCCGCUCAACUACGGUCUUGCUCAGAUCACUGGUAUCUUUGCUUAG